UGAAAAGGUAAACCGCACAGAUGAAGUCAUGGAAUCGGACAAGUUAAACGAAUUAAAUCGACAAAUAAAUGAGAUUAAAAAGCGAAUUUUACUGGCAGAGGGCCAAAAGACGGCUAAUGCAGCCGAGUGGCAAAAGCAGAACCGCAUUAACUGCGACACAAUUGGCUCAUUGAAAAAGGACAUUAAGGAGCUAACUGUUAAGGCAAGUCGGCUGCGUAAUCCCCUCCAGCGACCGGUGGUCAUCAAGGAAUCUACUGGCGAAUCCCGGAGGGCCCAAAGCUGCACGCCCACUUUAAUUGUGGGCAAAGCCACGUAUCCGGUGGGAGCCAAAAAUGCCGAUGAUGCCAUCUUCCUCACUGAUCUCAAGAUCACCGAGAGUCGCAAGCAGAUGGAUCUGCUGCGGCAUCGCUUUAAGUCCCGUCAACAGCACUUCAGUAAGUUGGUGGAGAAAUAUCGGGGAUUGUUGGCCAACAAGGAGGCACAAAAUCAGAAUCUGGGUGAAAAGCCUCCUGAGACUCUGGAGGAGGAUGCUAACAGAAAGCUCGUUUGCCAGCUGGAGAACGAGAUCCAUCGCACCAACGUGCAGUGGAUGGAGGCGGAGCACAUCCGCAAGAAGUAUCGCUCCAUCGAAGCAUCCUUAAUGACGGAUGCGGAGCGUUUUGAACGCAGUCUUCGGGAACUGGAGGCCUCACUGAGUGACCAAAAGGCGGAGAUCGAACGUCUGCAGCAGGUCCACAACGAGGCAGUGGAGAUGCGGGACGCGGCCAAGGUGAUACUGCAGAGGCAGGAGCAGCAGGCUAAUCUUUCGCAGAAAACCAGAGAACGACAAGCUCUCGAUUUCCGUAAACAAGUGGAGGCCCGUAAACUGGAGCUAGAGCGGAUAGGUCGUAAGCUCUUCGCCGAAACCAAGACACUGGUCCAUCAGGAUAGCGUGGGGUCCAGCUCGGGCGACCAGCACACUGCCAAAACGGAGAACGGGGAAGAGGAGCCAGUAUCCCAACUGGAGAGUGUAACCAGUGAUAUGGAGUCCCUGUUUAAGCAGCUCAUGGAAGCAUCCGGUGCCACCUCGCCAUUUGAAGUCUUCGAGAGAUUCAGUGCUCAAAAAGAAUCCGCAGCCCGUUUGAAUUACUUACGAAAGGCAGCGGAAGCGGAAAAGGCAAAUCUGGAGGCGGAACGGGAAGCUUUGACAAGCGAAUUAGAGGCCUCCAAAUUCUCAGAUGUCAAGGAGAGUGAAGUAAAUCAAGAAGUUAUUGAGCAAAUCAAGAACAGCAUCGCUGCCAAGGAGCAGGAUCGCAAGCUGGAUACUGAUGAGGCUGGCAAAUCGAUGGGGGUAUUAAAGUAUCUCAAAGAACGCAUCUGCGAAAUGAUCUUUAAGGUCCAGGAAGUGGACGAGAGCAACAUUGAGGUACCCGAAAGAAAGCUCCAUGUGAGCGUAGCAGAACUACCCAAUUUUCUAGCUCACACAGCCGAAGAUGAGGAUAUGAUUGAGAUACUCAAACUGAAGAUCAAACGCUGCCAGGAACUAAGUAAAUCCGAGGACGUACCACCGUUUGAAAUACCCAAAUUGGACAUAGUUGACGAAGAGGAGGAGGAGAUGUACAAGGUGGAGCAGCCCAAGUCGCCAUCUGCACCGGAGGGCGAGAAACCACAACCUAUGCCCGUUUGCUACUACAAUCUGUUCGCCGGAAGAGCCCAACGAGCUGCAGGCACCUCCUCAUCUUCUCCAGAACAGGCACCGGCGGCAGUGGCCACUACCGAUGACGACAAUGAAGUGCCUUCUCGUAACUUCCUAAAGCGACAAUCUGUGCUUAUUGUCGACUCGAAAUCCCGUCGAAAACCAUUUAGACCUGCGCCCGGAGGAAGACGCAAAUAGGAUUUUUCAGCGAUAAAUUGGAUUAUAUUAAAAUCAUUUUAUAUACACAUUUUCAGAAAAUAAAACUUGCCAAUCAACGUUUGAAAAAAUAAAUAGUUGAUGAUAAAGUUUUAAAUGGGAAACUUUAAAAACUGCAUAGCUGGACUUAAGCUCAGUUAAGACGAUCUUUUUGGCAAAAAACCUAAAAUAUAUAUUACAAAGUGGCCACUAAAUAAGAUAAAGAAACAUAAAUCCUGCUAGCAGUAGACAAAUUUUAAAUAAUGAAUAGAGUUUCCAGAAAGACA